GCCAGUGUGUGUGAAGCAGAAUGGCCGAGCAGGCAGUGACGGCGAACAACGCAGGUAAUUGUACUGAAGUAAAGGAUCUGAGAAUACUUCCUCCACCGCUGGUCUCAGGACACUGAAGACACAUGUUGUCGUCCUGGAUCGAAGACAGUAGUUGUGACCCUUUUCCCAGAGUGUUAGUUCAGAGAGUGAUGUCUGUUGUCGGCGCUCACAGUCUGGUCAGCAGUGUGUGGGGCUACGUGGACGCCACCGUCAGGUGGUGCUGGAUCCCCAGCUGGCUGCCGUCAUGGUGUCCCACCUCUAGCCUCCAGCUCCAGACUGCAGAGGACAGGAUGCUGCGAUGUGUAGAAAGCGCUUUCUCCAAACAAUACGUCCCCAUCGCUAACGGCAACCAGCUGUGGACUCUGACCUUUAGCAGUGACCGUGUCAAAGACAGAACCCCCAUGGUUCUGCUCCAUGGGUUCGGAGGAGGUGUGGGCCUCUGGGCUCAGAACCUGGACGCUCUGUCCCAGCGCCGGCCCAUCUGGGCCAUGGACCUGCUGGGCUUCGGACGGAGCAGUCGGCCACAGUUCUGCACAGGCGCCCAGGGGGCAGAGGACCAGUUUGUGGAGUCUAUAGAGCAGUGGAGGGCUGAAGUGGGUCUAGAGUCCAUGAUCCUGCUGGGACACAACCUGGGAGGAUACCUGGCUGCGUCUUACGCCAUCAGAUACCCCAGCAGAGUGAAGCACAUGGUGCUGGUGGAGCCCUGGGGUUUCCCUGAGCGCCCGGACACAGCAGAGGCCGACCGGCCCAUCCCGGUGUGGAUCAAAGCCCUCGGGGCCAUGUUCACGCCCUUCAACCCUCUGGCUGGCCUGAGACUGGUGGGGCCACUCGGGCCCACUCUGGUCCAGACCCUGAGACCCGACUUCAAGAGGAAGUUCUGCUCCAUGUUCAGUGACAACACUGUGUCCGAGUACAUCUACCACCUGAACGUGCAAACCCCCAGUGGGGAAACAGCCUUUAAGAAUAUGACCAACUCCUUUGGCUGGGCUACCAGACCCAUGCUACAGAGGAUGGACCAGCUUGAGCCCAAGAUCUCCAUGGCCAUCAUCUACGGCUCCCGCUCCAGCAUCGACAGCAGCGCCGGCAGCAGCAUCAGGGAGAGCCGGCCACACUCCGAUGUGGAGAUCACAACGAUCCGCGGAGCCGGACACUAUGUGUACGCUGACCAGCCAGAGGACUUCAACCACACGGUCCUGCAGGUGUGUGACCAAGUGGACUGAAGCUGAACUCAACAACAGACUGAACUUAGCAGCUGCGUGGAGGGUACUUUUUAUAUAUUGUGUGACUAGAUAGCUGUAUUUCUGCAUCCUCUGUGAAGAAAUACAGUAAGACUCAAUAUAUAAGUAAAGUCCUUUCUUAUAUGAUAUAAUGAUGUUAUAUUUAGUCACAUCUUAAAUGAUAUCAAAGUGAAACCGAAUCAGUGUCCCUGCAUUCAAACGGCUCCGUUCCGGUGUCAGGUGUUUCCUGUCAGAGCUUCACCUGUGGUCUGUUGUUUCCCGUCUGGUUCUGACACAGACAGGAAGUGGACUCUUCAGUACAUCACUGCAUCAGCACCAGGAAGCAGCUAGACAUUUAUCUGCAGUCAUUACUAAUCUCUUUUAUAGCGUCUCUGCCCUCUGAUUGUUUUUGGCUUUUCUCUUUUAACUCAAAAGUUGACUUAAUUUGCUUUUAUUAUGAAUGUGAAGCCAGACCAUAGCUGUUAAACCUACAGGGCUGUUUUACACUGCCCGAUGGCCUUUCUGACUGCUGUCUACAGGAAACAUCUUAAACCAUUUCAAUGCAUACUUUAAUUCUCAGUGAAAGCAUCUUUCUAGGUGCCAUUGAUUUUCUGCUGAGCGAUGCUGACCUACACAGUAUAAAUGUAUACAUGAGAUUUAUUUAUGUUUCAAUUUCUUUGAUGUUCACACUAAUAAUCUUUCCCAGACAAAUAUUAAGCCUGAAAAUGAUCAUUAGAUGCAUUUUAGAGAAAUGCUAGUUGAAGUUGACUAGCCCCUCACACGUUCACAAGAUGCCAGGAUGCAGUCCUGGGACCCGUACGUCGGGACAUCCCGUGCACAUAGUGCCCAUGGCUCUUAUGAACACUGAUCGCAUCAAUAGGAAGUGUAAGAUCCAAUAAUUUUAGACCCAUACUAUGGACUAAAAGUCAGGAUUUCUUGAUCUCCAGUCUUUUUUUAAAAACGUCUCUCUCAGGUCACCUAAGUGCAAUACUGAAGCACUGGAGAACUGCAGUGUUUCAAUGUAAAUUAAAAAAAUAAUCUACAUAUGAAAGAACCAGUGGACAGUCUGCUAAGCCUAUAUACAUGAUCAAUAGAGAGGCCUGUCUACCUCUUCUGAUGUGAGUUUAGAAGAAAUAUAUGUAGUUGAACAUAGUUGAUUGUCUAAUUGAAAUGCUCAUGUAACUCCGAGUUUAGAGAGGUGGUAGGAAGAAAGUCACGUUGAUGUGCAACUGUUUCCCAGAUAUAUACUGUGUCUGCACAGCAGCCUUAUCAUUUGUCACAGGGAACAAUGUCUUUGUAUUUUGUCUGCCUUUCUUAAAUCAGUUUAAGCUUAACGGUCAUUGUCGACAAAUGUGAAUGAGAAAUGUGAAUUGUGCAAAUUAUUUUUGUCUUCCUCUGAAAUGUAAACACAAAUAAAUAGUUGUUAGCUGUAGUAUGA